AUGAAUGACUUAUAUGGAAGAAGUGCAAGCACUGUUGAAUCACAACAGAAAUUAGAAUUGUUCAUCAGUUGUCGUGGAUUGGCAAACAUGGACACUUUUUCAAAAAGCGAUCCCUAUGUUAUUAUGUAUGUGAAAAGAAAUAACCAAUGGUCUGAAGUGGGAAGAACAGAAAUCAUUAAAGAUAACUUGAAUCCAAACUUUUCAAAGUCAUUUAUAAUAGAAUACUACUUCGAAUGUUAAUAACCGCUAAAAUUCAUUUGUAAUGACGACGAUGGACAUGGAUAAUAUGAUGUAGAUUCUAAAUUAAAACAUAUAGUUUAUUGGAAGUGCAGAAACUACAUUAGCUAACAUAGCAGGAGCCAGAGAUUAGUUAGCAAUGUUAAAUUUAAGCAAUGGGCAGAAGAAAACUGGAGUACUGGUAGUGAGAGCAGACCAAGUUAGAAUGAUAAAUGAUAAAAUAGUUAUGUAAAUAAGUAAAUUCUAAUUAUUUAAAUUCAUUAGGUGCUGAUAAUCUACCAAAUACGAGGUUUCUACCUUGGCAUUCCACAUCCCCCUUUUACAGACUUUAUAGAAUUAGAAAGGAUACAAAUUAAUCACUUCUAGUCUAUGAGAGUGAACCUAUCAAAUGUAAUUUAAAACCCAUUUGGAAAAGAGUGGACAUCUAAGCUUAGAAACUGUGCAAUGGAGAUUAUUUUAUGCCUAUUAGAAUUGAAGUGUGGGAUUACAGAACUUCAGGAAAUCAUGAGCAUAUUUGUUCUACAGAUUUUUCAGUGGAUGAAAUGAAGGAUAAGCAAAAGACGAAAAAAAUUUUGUUGGAUAAAAAUAAAAAAUAGUCUGGUUUCAUCUGUUUCAAUGAAGUACUCUUUAUUAACUAAAUUCUAGUUUAAAUUAAUCGAAAAACCUAGUUUUUUAGAUUAUUUAUAGAGUGGUACACAAAUCAACUUAAUUGCUGCCAUUGAUUUCACAGCAUCCAAUUAAUCCCCAAAAAAUCCAAGUUCUCUUCAUUAUAUAGAUGAUCAGUAUAAUAGAAUGAAUUAGUAUCAAUAAGCAUUACUGGCAGUGGGUGAGAUCUUAUUGAAUUAUGAUCAUGACAAAAGUGUACCAAUCUUUGGUUUUGGAUGUAAACCAAGACUCCAAAAUUUGAAUACUCCUUAAACUCUACAUUGUUUUCCAUUAAAUGGAAAUCCUCAAAAUCCAGAAGUAUUCCAGAUGGAUGGAAUUAUGCAAACCUAUAAUUAUGCUGUAAGGAAUGUUCAAUUUGAUGGUCCUACCUAUUUUAAUCCUAUCAUUUAAGAGUCGAUGAAAAUAGCCUAAGCUUGUAAGGAUAUGGGUACAAACACAUACUUUGUAUUAUUUAUUUUAACCGACGGAGAAAUUCACGAUAUGAAAGUAUUUAAUUAUUUCAAAAAAUUAGCAAACUAUUGAUUCCAUCGUGGCAUCUUCACAUUUACCCAUAUCUAUCAUAAUUGUUGGAGUUGGAGAUGCAGAUUUCACGAAUAUGUCAAUAUUGGAUGAUGAUGAUGGUAAUCUCCGCGACUCCUUUGGAAAAAGAACCCAAAGAGACUUGGUCUAAUUUGUGCCAUUUAACUAAUUUAAGAGCAAUCCAGAGUUGUUAGCCAAAAAUGUCUUGCAAGAAUUACCAGAUCAAUUAGUUGAUUACAUGCUUUUGAUUGGUAGAAAGCCAGGAUAAAAAAAUUGUAAUUUUAUCAAUCAUUAUUUAGUCAUUAAUUUAGGAUAGUUUGACAUCAAUCAAUAUUCAUAGCAAUAUGGUAUCCAAUAACAGGUCAUGCCACCUAAUUAAUAACCAUUUUAAUAAUAAGUAUCUUAAAUACCUUAAUAAUAAUUUCAAAAUAUGCCACCACCACCCUAACAAUUUUAGCAACCUCCUCCUCCAUAUGGUUAAACUUAAUAAGUAUACUAACCACAAUAGUCUUCAUAUCCAUCCUAAUAACCGCCAUAAUAUCCAACAUCAUAAUUAAAUUAAUUCCCUCCUCAAUAACCUGCUGUCUAUCAGCAAUAGCAAUAAUUUAACCCUCCUCCUAAUUAUUAAUAGUAGUAAUAAAUGUACCCUCCUUAACAACCUCCAUAAUAAUCAAAAUUUGUCUAAGGGCUCGCAAAUACAAAUUUCUUAGGAUAACAUAUUAAUGAUGCCCAAUAAUAGUAAAUUAAUCAGUAAUUGCCUUAAUUCUAAUAUCCUCCCUAGGAAUAAUAAAAUCAAAUGGGAAUGCAACCCUAACCAAAUUUAUAUCAAUAACCAAAAUAGCCUUCACCUUAUGUACCUGAAAAUCCUUAUGGAUUAUGA